UUUGCGCAUGCUGUGCUCCCCCCUUCCUGCAACAAGAAAAGCCUUUUCUUUUAACCUGGCUUCCUUUGAAGAAGUGACUCAGGCAGCUUCAUGGCCUCUCAAGAGCCUCAAGGACAAAUAAACAAAAUCUUUCAGGAUUAUCUCCCAGGUUCUCCUGACCCUCCUAGUCAAGGCAAACUUAUCGAACCUAUAAAAGUCUGGAAACAUGCACCACCGCCUCCCAGCUUGCCUCCUGGUCUGGAAUACCUGAGCCAGCUGGACCAGAUAAUCAUUCACCAGCAGGUGGAGCUUCUUGAAGUCAUACUUGGUACAGAGACCUGCAGCAAAUAUGAGAUAAAAAACCAUUUGGGACAAAGAGUUUACUUUGCAAUGGAAGAAAAUGGUUGCUUUGAUCGUAAUUUCUGUUCACCUAUACGAUCUUUCACCAUAAGGAUAACUGAUAACACCGGUCGAGAGGUGAUCACGGUGAAUAGACCCUUGAGAUGUAACAGCUGCUGGUUCCCUUGCUACAUGCAAGAGUUGGAAGUUCAAUCCCCUCCCGGUACAAUAGUCGGCUACGUUGUCCAGAAGUGGGACCCUCUGCUACCUAAAUUCACUAUACUGAAUGAGAGCAAAGAAGAUGUAUUGAAAAUAAUUGGCCCCUAUGCAACAUGCAGCUGUUUUGGUGAUGUAGACUUUGAGAUAAAGAUAUGCAUGCUACCCCACAGUAUAAGUGAUAAUGAACAGGAGACUACUGAUUAGAGGCAAUCUGAAGUCAGUGGCUAGAGGAGGCCUACAGAUUGAAGGGAAUUUACCUCAUCUGAAUCAGAGCAAGUAACUCCAUUGGUCAGAGACAGCCGCAAUGGUAUUGUAUGCAUUUAAAUUAUUUUUGUGGAAUCUACUGCAGCUGCUGUCUUUUAUUUCUAUUGUUUCGGCAUCACUGUGACAUGAUACUUCUCAGCAGCAGAAGCAAGAGUCCUCUAACUCUUUGUGUACAGUGAAUAUGUCAGAGAUUCAAUGAUCUAGUGUUAUUCCGCUGGGUGACAAGAGUAUGGGAGGAAGGUGUCUAAGUGCUGCCACUGAAUCAGCUGCUCUGUGUGUGCAACUGCACGUGUAUUUUCCAGUCAAAAUGUUGUCUGCUUUUCUGAUUUUACAGCUACUGCAGGUCUUUGCCGUGGUAUCAUGCUGCAGAGGCAUGCCCUGCAUGCUUGCCAUAAACUGCAUUUCAACAUAUGCACUGCACAGCUAUUAUUUAUCAGCCAAAUUGACAAAAAUACUGAAAUUCCCAUUUGCUGACUAUGGAGAAUGUGUGAAGAAAUAAUUUUCCUCUGAACAAAAUGAAAAAGCCACAAAAUUUGAAUUCACAACCAACAUUGAUGGUUGUUCAGAUGUGCUGUUUUGCACCCAGCUCUUACUGCAUGAGGACCAGGGAUGUCUGUCAGUCCACUGGAACCAGUCCUCUUCCCAUUGGAGUAAUAGGGAUUUUGCCCCUGAAUACCAAUGAGAAUAGAAUCAGCCUGAUUGUUAAUGGCCACUGGGAAAGCUUUUUGGAGGGAAAGUUGGAGAGAAGAAUACACAUUCAGCAGAGGUGGCAUGGGGGUUACAUGCUGUGCAUGUGCAGUUUCCACAAUUAGAAACUGCAUUAAAGUUCAUUGUACAAAUGGAGGGAGGCAAGAUGACAUCAAUGGUUGACCAGCUCCUCUAUCAGUCCUCUGGGAUCAUAGUCUCAGGCAGUAGGGGUGAAUCUGAUACAUGGUGAUGACAUUGACCAUAUACCCUGCUUUUCACAUAUCACAAACUGUUUUUUCAAAUUCCAUCUAAAAAGCUCAUACAGAACAUGGAUCCUCUCUCUGUGACAUCUUGACAUUUCAUAGGCAUAAAGUGUCAAGGAAGAGUGUCCUUGUUCUUUAUUUAUUUGUGUUGUGGUUACAUAACGAGGACUCUAACAAUCUAGGACCCAUGGUACUGGGCACUCUACCAGCACAGAAAAUGUCAGAUCCUGCACCAAAAAGUUUAAAGUCUGCAAAAUAAGACAUUACAGCUGCUUGAGACAAGCAAGUCAAGGUGAAGGCAGGAAAGAUGGGGUAAUCAUAAAUAUUGUAAGCUGGUCUGUUGCAAAUGUAUAUGCUUUGAAUAACCUUUCCAAAAUGUCGUAGAAAAGUGAAAAACAGAGGUUGUAAAACUAUUCAAAAUAGGAAAUAUUUUUGUGUUUUGAUUAAAAUAAUAAUGAAUUCUAGUAAGUAUUGACAUAAAUGGGUAACAUUGUACUGGCUGCCUACAUGGUGUGAGCUUCAUUUUACCUUCGUGGACAAAUCCUCAGCUUGUGAAAACUGGAGAAGCAGCAAUGGAAUCAAUGAAUUGUACUGAUUUAUGCCAACUGAGAUCUGUCCCACUAAGAAUAGAAUACUUUCUUCUCUGUUGCAGGGCACUGAUUAUAAGAAAUCCAGUAAAUUAUUGUUUGUGAGGGAGGUAAUGGAAGGUUUAUAUAUGUUAGUGUGACUGUUUUUAAUCCUUAUUUUCUCAUGUGCAGGUAAAAACCCUUAAUGAAAUGUCCACAAUUGGCAAGAUUUCCAAAUUUUGGUCUGGAUUUGUAAACAAUGUCUUUACCAAUGCU